ACUUAACCACGGCUCCCGCGGGACUAACUUUUUUUUUAACUUUUUCAGAAUCCGCGAUUGAAGGUGGAUGAUGUACAGAGUCACAUAGACUCUUACUCCUUUGCUAUAUUUAAACAUCCCUGUUGUGGCCUCGGAAUUGAAUGCAAAGAACAAACCGCACCUGUUAAUCAUAACCCACACGCACAACAAGAGAGAGAGAGAGAGAGAGAGAGAGAGAGAGAGAGAGAGAGAGAAAAGGAUGCCAAUCAUACGUUUUCUACUUCCUUUCAUGCUCAGCUUUUUCACCAUCAAAGCUGCUGAAUCCACCCUCACCAUAAGCAGCCAUUACUGCUCAAACUCAAGCACCUUCUCUCCCAAUAGCACCUACCACGCCAACCUCAAUCGCGUUCUCGAUGUUCUCGUCAGAGACGCAGGUGCCGACGCUGGUAACGGGUUCAACUUCACUUCGAUCGAUGGCAGCUCGAGCGAGGCCGUCUACGGCAGCUUCAUGUGCAGAGGCGAUGUCUCGAGGAAAGAGUGCGCGGACUGUGUCAAGAUUGCCGCGCUUGAGAUAACCCAGAAAUGCCGGAUGACGAAAGUCUCCUUCCUGUGGUACGAUCAGUGCAUGUUGCGCUACUCUGACACAAAUUUCACCAGGAAGAUGGAGCUGGAACCUCUGUUGGGUGGAUACAAUGAAGAGAACAUAGAACAGCCAGAUGAAUUCAUGAAGCUACUGAACGAGACGGCGGAUCAUGCGGCUAGAGAGGCUGCUCAGCAUCCUGCUAGGAUGUAUGGCCAUCGUGGCGCCAAGUUUGAUCAGGAGAAAACAUUGUACACGUUCGCACAGUGUGUGCCUUAUCUUUCCAAAAACGAUUGUUGGAAGUGCCUUCGCAACGCCACAUCAAGCCUCUUAAGCCUACCAAAGGGGAAAAUCGGGGGCCGAGUGUUGCUUCCGAGUUGCUUUGUCAGGUUCGAGAUUUACCCGUUUUAUGGGAGCAGCUCAAAAGGGAAAGUGCACUUUCCAUUGAAAAUAUCUGCUGCAAUCCUCACGGGAGCCGUAGGAUCGACACUACUUUUAUGCACGAUAGUUUUACUACGAGGAAGAAGAAGAAGAGUUUUAAGAAGGGAGAACGAAAGUUCUAUAGAAGAAGAUCCGAUUGGUAACUCAACGAAGCAAAUUUCUGAACUCAAUUCCCUGCAAUUUGAUCUGCGAACAAUCGAAGCCGCCACAAAUAAGUUCUCAAACAACAACAAGUUAGGGGAAGGUGGAUUUGGCCCCGUUUACAAGGGUACUCUACCCAAUGGUCAAGAAAUUGCAGCAAAGAGGCUAUCUAGGGGCUCUGGACAGGGAGUCGAAGAAUUCAAGACCGAGGUUGAAUUAGUAGCCAAGCUUCAACACAGAAACCUAGUGAGGCUACUGGGAUUCUCCUUGGAAAGAGAUGAAACAAUACUAGUCUAUGAAUACGUGCCCAACGGGAGCCUCGAUCACUUGUUAUUUGAUCCCGAGCUUAGUGGACAACUGGAUUGGUCAGCACGUUACAAGAUCAUGGUAGGAGUGGCGCGUGGACUGCUAUACCUUCAUGAAGAUUCUCGGCUUCGAAUUAUUCAUCGUGAUCUCAAAGCCAGCAACAUUCUGCUAGAUGCUGACAUGAACCCAAAAAUCUCAGAUUUUGGUAUGGCCCGGAUCUUCAACACCGAUCAGACUCAAGCAAGCACAAAUAGAAUCGUUGGAACGUAUGGCUACAUGUCUCCUGAGUAUCUAAUGUUCGGACACUUCUCAGCAAAAUCCGACGUCUUCAGCUACGGUGUGUUAAUGCUAGAGAUUAUAACUGGCAAAAAGAACAGCCAAUUCUUCGCAUCGGACUGCGAGGAGGGCCUGCUAGGCUAUGUCUGGAAGCACUGGAGCAACAAAACACCGUCGGAAGUAGCGGACCAAGCUUUAAGUAAUGCUUACUCUGUGAACGAAGUGAUCAGAUGCAUGCACAUCGGCUUGCUCUGCGUGCAGGACGACACAGAAGACCGACCCACCAUGGAUUCAGUCGUUCUCAUGUUAAACAGCGAGUCUAUUAGCAUCCCAGCGCCUCAAAGACCUUCAUUCUUCUUCCCAAGUAAGAAGAACAAACCGGCACCUUGUGUCCUGAACUCAGAUCAAUCUACCAGCAAAGUGGACCAGUCUAAUGGCAAGAUAACAUCGUUGUGGUCUGCGACUGAUAGUGGCUCUGCUGAACCAGAACCGCGGUAGGUGAGACUUCUAGGCUAUCAUUUAGAUCAACUUAUUGUUUAGAUUUUACCAGAUAAUUUGUGUGUGCGCACUUCACUGUUGCAUGAAGAUUGAUAUAUCUUCAUUGCCGGAACUCUGGCUUUACUCUUUCUAGUAGGACCAGAACAGGAUGCCGCAUGUAUAAACAACUCCAAUAGCUCUGAAGAGUUUAGCCAUUAGAUUGGGAUUAGCAUGUAGGCUUUAUAAUAUGGUACAUUGUGACAAGGACACUGGAGUUUUUAACAGGAAUUUCGGUAUUUCAGGCUUCAAAUUUGGUAUAUGGCUAGAAAAAUUUUCAAGUCGUCC